UUCUCGCUUCGGGGACCAGUUGGCUGGGGAGGGGGCGCGCAUGCGCAGUGGCUUCACCUAGCGGGCGCCGGCCAUGGCUGAGUGGACUCCUGCCCAGGCUUGGGAAUGGGAGGUGGAGCCGCAACACCUGGCCUCCUUCCAGCCUCCGGCCCUCUUUGACCAAGCCGCAGAGAGGGAGAUCUACCCGACGGCCGAGAUCUCCCUCUGGACCGUCGUGGCUGCCAUCCAAGCUGUGGAGAGGAAGGUGGACUCCUAUGCCACGCGGCUCCUCAACCUGGAAGGCCGGACGGCCACAGCCGAGAAGAAGAUCUUCGAGUGCGAGAAGACCGAGCUGGAGUUCAGCAACCACGUGGCUGCCCUGGGGACCCUCAUCCAGGAGUACGGCCUGCUCCAGAGGAGGCUGGAGAACAUGGAGAACCUGCUCAAGAACCGAAACUUCUGGAUCCUGAGGCUCCCCUUGGGACCGAAGGGAGAAAUCCCUAAGGUUCCCGUCACCUUUGAUGAAGACGCAGCAAGCUUCUCCACCCAGGAGUGGGCCAGUUUGGAAGACUGGCAGAAGGAACUCUACCGGAAUAUCACCAAGGGGACCUACGAACCGCUGAUCUCCCUGGACUCUGCCAUUUCCAAAGCUGACAUCCUCCCACCGAUGGGACAAGCGGAGCCUCCCCGUGCCACGGAUCACGAAUUUGUGGGGGGCAAGGGGUUCCCUGCAGAGCCCAGAGCAGAAGCGGAUCCCCUGCCUUGCAAGGAGGACCUCUUGACCUGGAUUAAGCAGGAAGAGCUUCCCGGGAGAGGGAAAUGGGACCUGGAGCGAGAGAUCCCCCCAGUUCUCGGCUACGAUGACAGCGCCACGAUCAAGCGUGAAGAACGUAAUCUGAGGGCGGCUCCCAAGCUCCCUCUGCCCGCCCAGGGGCUGCUGCUGCCUGGGAUGGCCAGCGAAGACGUCUUCCAGGACCCCAAGCCGGACGGAGGCUGCGAGAGGCAGGGCUGUCCUCAGGGGGAGAAACCAGGCCCUCCUGCACAGAAGCCCGAAGAAGAGCGCCCCCCGAGGCCAGGGGGCUGCUGCGAAGGGCCAGAGGCGGCAGCCCCUCCAGACGCCAGCCCCAAGGGAGACCCCUUCCCCUGCGGCAAGUGCCGCGACGGCCUGGCCUGCGAGCAGCGCUUCCCCUUGCCCCAGAGCGCCCACACGGGGGGCGAGGAGUACAGCGGAGGCGCGGCGGCUGAGCCCGGCCCGCAGCAGGAGCCCGGCGGUUCCUGCGCAGACUACAAAAGCGGCUUCAGGGACCACGCCUCAUCCCAGGCGGCGGAGAGACUCCACACCUGCUCGCUGUGCCCCAAAAGCUUCCGCCUGAAGACCAGCCUCCUGAUCCACCAGCGGACGCACGCGGCGGGCAAGAACGAGAGCGCCUUCGUCUGCGGCGAGUGCGGCUGCGGCUUCAGCCACCAGGGCCAGCUCACCCGGCACCAGGCGGUCCACGCCGAGCGGCCGCACCAGUGCUCGGAGUGCCCCAAGGCCUUCAACCGCAAGUCCAGCCUGGUGGUCCACCUGAAGACACACCGCGAGCGGCCCCGGCCCUUCCACUGCCCGCAGUGCGCCAAGACCUUCAUCCGCAAGCAGCACCUCGACGACCACACCCGCACGCACACGGGCGAGAAGCCCUACCAGUGCCCCGAGUGCGAGAAGCGCUUUGCCGAGAAGUCCAAGCUGACCAACCACUACCGCAUCCACACGGGCGAGCGCCCCUACUGCUGCGGGCAGUGCGACAAGCGCUUCGUCCGUGCCCACCACCUGGUCAAGCACCAGAGCAGCGUCCACCAGGCCGGCGCCAAGCCCCACGCCUGCCGCGAGUGCGGCCAGAGCUUCCCCCACGCCCAGGCCUUCGUCAGCCACCAGGCCAGCCACGCCAACGGCGAGAGGCGACACCGCUGCACCGAGUGCCUCAGGACCUUCGCCCGCCGGAAGUACCUGCUAGAGCACCAGCGCAUGCACACGGGCGAGAACCCCUACGCCUGCCUCCACUGCGGGAAGCGUUUCCGCUACAAACAGUCGCUCAAGCAGCACCUGCGGCUGCACGGCGGAGAGCAGGCACCCGCGGCACCCAAGCCGGGACCCGAGCAGGCCCUGGCACCCAGCAGCAGCAGUGGCAGCAACAACGCCCCACUGGAGAAAUCUCUCUUCCCCGCCAACCUUUCCAGCGGGACCUGAGGGCAAACUGCAAACAGACAGCGCCCCCUCGGCCAAACGGACGGGUGGGCCAGAAAGCCAGAAUCCCAUUUGUGACCUUGAACCUCCCGUUGGCAUACGUGCCCGCCGGUGGGGAUAUAUUUUU